AAUUAAUGUCCGAUCAAGUUUGACCAACAUUGGUCCAAUCAGAUCACCCUCUCUCUCUCUGCCUCACUCCUUCCUCCUCUCACUCUCCCUCUCUUGUGCACCUCAAUGAACCUUAUUGGUGCACUGUGAGCGACCAUCAUCUGUCCACUGGAUUCCCAUCGUCAGCUUCCAUCCCGAACAUAUGAAUUUGCCCACCUUCUUCCCAAGGAGUUGAACAGAUAGGUUGUGGGAGUGGAAAAUGGCACAACGCGUGGUGUUGUUUCUCCUGUGGCUCUUCGAUACAUCGUCUGCGGGAUUUCCUAAUCAGAUUAAUAUCGGGGGGCUCUUCAUGCGCUCCACGGUGCAGGAGCACAGCGCCUUCAGAUUCGCGGUGCAACUCUACAACACCAACCAAAACACCACCGAGAAGCCUUUCCACCUCAACUACAAUGUGGACAACCUGGAGUCAUCCAACAGCUUCUCGGUCACCCACGCGUUUUGCUCCCAGUUCUCCCGCGGAGUGUAUGCCAUCUUUGGAUUCUAUGACAAGAAGUCCAUGAACACUUUGACAUCAUUCUGCGGAGCGCUGCAUACAUCCUUUGUCACGCCCAGUUACCCCACCGACAACGAGGUGCAGUUUGUCAUCCAGAUGCGUCCCGCCCUCCGAGGUGCAGUCCUAAGUCUGCUCUCUCACUACAAGUGGCAGAAGUUUGUCUACCUCUACGACACAGACCGAGGAUUCUCCAUACUGCAGGCCAUCAUGGAGGCAGCGGUGGCCAACAACUGGCAGGUGACCGCUCGUUCUGUGAGCAGCACCACGGAUGCGUCAGAGUUCAAGCGCAUCAUCGAGGAGAUGGACAGGAGGCAGGAGAAGCGCUAUGUGAUUGACUGUGAGGUGGACAGAAUCAACACCAUAUUAGAGCAGGUGGUGGCCCUGGGGAAGAACAGUCGUGGCUACCACUACAUUCUGUCUAACCUUGGAUUUUCUAAUGUGAGUUUGGACAAAGUCUUUGCCGGAGGAGCCAACAUUUCAGGGUUUCAGAUAGUCAACCCCGAGAACCCCAUUGUGCAGCAGUUUAUGCAGCGCUGGGAGCGGCUAGAUGAAAGAGAAUUCCCAGAAGCCCGGAACGCUCCUCUGAAGUACACUUCAGCGCUGACCCAUGAUGCUAUCUUGGUGAUAGCUGAGGCCUUCAGGUACCUGCGUCGCCAACGCGUAGACGUCUCCCGCCGUGGCAGUGCUGGAGACUGCCUUGCCAAUCCCGCUGUACCUUGGAGCCAAGGCAUCGAUAUCGAGAGAGCUCUCAAAACGGUCCAAGUGCAGGGGAUGACUGGCAACAUCCAGUUUGACAACUACGGCCGCCGGACCAACUACACCAUAGAUGUGUACGAGAUGAAAAUAGGCGGGCCGAGGAAGAUCGGGUACUGGAACGAGUUCACACGAUUUGUAAAUAUUAUGGACCCGCAGGUCACCAACGACUCCUCAGUGGAAAACCGAACGAUUGUGGUCACUACUAUUAUGGAAGCUCCUUAUGUGAUGUACAAGAAAAAUUAUAUGCAUCUGGAGGGGAAUGACAGAUAUGAAGGCUACUGCGUCGAUUUAGCGUCUGAGAUUGCCAAACAUGUUGGAAUUAAGUACAAACUGUCUAUAGUAAUGGAUGGGAAGUAUGGAGCCCGAGACCCUGAGACCAAACAGUGGAACGGGAUGGUGGGUGAACUGGUCUAUGGGAGAGCAGAUAUAGCUGUUGCACCUCUCACCAUUACUCUGGUUCGAGAGGAGGUGAUAGACUUUUCCAAGCCAUUUAUGAGUUUGGGCAUCUCCAUUAUGAUAAAGAAGCCUCAAAAGUCCAAGCCUGGCGUUUUCUCCUUCCUGGACCCACUGGCCUAUGAGAUCUGGAUGUGUAUAGUGUUUGCCUAUAUUGGGGUGAGCGUGGUUCUAUUCCUGGUCAGUCGGUUCAGUCCUUACGAGUGGAACCUAGAGGAACAGGAUGAGACAAAAGACCCUCAGACACCCCCUGAUCCUCCCAAUGACUUUGGGAUCUUCAAUUCUCUCUGGUUCUCACUGGGCGCCUUCAUGCAGCAGGGCUGUGAUAUCUCCCCAAGGUCUCUGUCAGGGCGUAUUGUUGGUGGGGUGUGGUGGUUCUUCACCCUCAUCAUCAUCUCCUCCUACACAGCCAACUUGGCUGCCUUCUUGACAGUGGAGAGGAUGGUCUCACCUAUAGAGAGCGCAGAAGAUCUGGCCAAGCAGACAGAGAUAGCCUAUGGCACUCUGGACUCAGGUUCCACAAAAGAGUUUUUUAGGCGAUCCAAAAUAGCCGUGUACGAGAAGAUGUGGUCGUACAUGAAAUCCGCUGAACCCUCAGUGUUUGUUAAGACCACACCCGAUGGCGUGGCUCGGGUACGAAAGUCAAAGGGCAAGUUCGCCUUUCUCCUCGAGUCCACCAUGAACGAGUACAUCGAGCAGCGGAAGCCGUGCGACACCAUGAAAGUGGGCGGCAACCUCGACUCCAAAGGCUACGGUGUGGCGACGCCCAAAGGCUCAGCAUUAAGAACUCCUGUAAACCUUGCAGUAUUGAAACUCAGUGAACAAGGCAUCUUAGACAAGCUGAAAAACAAAUGGUGGUACGAUAAGGGUGAAUGUGGAACCAAGGACUCUGGAAGUAAGGACAAGACAAGCGCUCUCAGCCUAAGCAAUGUGGCUGGUGUCUUCUAUAUUCUGGUUGGAGGGCUGGGGCUGGCCAUGAUGGUGGCACUCAUAGAGUUCUGUUAUAAGUCACGGCAAGAAACCAAACGGCUGAAAUUGGCCAAAAGUGCCCACAAUUUUAAGCCGACUCCCCCAACCAACACCCAGAACUUUGCCACAUACAGAGAGGGCUACAAUGUAUACGGAACAGAGAGUGUUAAGAUCUAGAGGUUGAGCAAAUGUUUCCAUCGUCCCGUACAAAUGUGAUUAAAUAUCUAUGAAAGGACAGGAUUACGAGAAUGGAGCCAAAAUCCUUUUGGGCCGGACCCCGGGCAUGAUAAUCUGCAAUGACGACACGACUGGACCGGUUUUGGGAAGAGACGAUUUCCCUCCUCUCAGUGCCUUAUGGAAAGUCCAAUCAAUGCAACGCGUUCACAAUGAUAUUGCUUUUUGCUUGAAACUCACACAAAAGGAGAAGAAUUGAAGGUCAGUGGUUAAGAAUUCGAUAUACAGUACAUAUAGAACACAUGUGAUGUGAGAGAACUAAAGCCAUCAUUUGCAACCCUAAGCACAUUUUGAAGUGCCAGACAAGAUGAAUCUUCCAUGACGAGGGUCUAAUUGGUUUCUUGUAUGAGCAGACUACGCCUCAUCCUCCUGCUGCCAGAUUUUCACUGGCUAUAUGUAUUCAAAUGUGUUCUUUAUAUCUCUUCAGUGCACCGCCAGACACUGAUUAUGACACUAUUAGCUUUUAUACUUUAGUGGGUCUCUGGCGGUGACCUUGUCCCACCCUCUUUUAAUUAAUUCAUCUUCGAGAAAUGCCAUUUAAAAGCAGUUCUGAGUGUGUUGUUUGUACUCUUUUGGUGCUGCCGCACACACACCACAGAACCAGGUCAUGACUCGCACUUCCAAUACUGCCAAGCGUGUGUGUACAUGUGUGUGUUGUUCAGAGAAAGGUAAUGAUGUUUGAAAUAUAUUUGGCAUUUAUUGUGUGUAAAAUACCCACGUAAGGUUGCCCACCUCCCUGAAAUCCUCUCUGUACAUGGAAGUCGAACCAAAAAAUAAAAAUAAAGACGAACUUCUGAAUCUAACUAAAAGCAAACAGCGAUGGCUUUCCAGCUAUACUGUGUGGUCGAUCUUAACGUUUUCUUUUGAUAUUUGCACCUUUUAAAAUGAACUGUGCUUUUCAUUUUGGUUUCCUUUCGAGAGCAUUACAGUGUUUGGUGAUUUCACAUUGUAAAAUAAAAAUAAAAAAAGUGACAUUAAUAAAAGGUUGCACCAAGGAGGGUCUGGAAGCUUAGCACACGUCCAUAUUGCUGUAAUAAUUUAUUUCCAAACAGGCUGUGAUUCCAUAGGAUUUAGGAAGAUACUUAUUAAAUCACCUGAAACUAUGGGCAAAAUAGUUUUAUAUGUAAAAAAAAAAAUUAUAAUGUGAAGAAAACAGUUGAGAUGUAUAAAUGUAGAUGAACUAUUUAUAUUACAUGAAAGUUUUUUUGUUGUUUUUUUGUUUUUUUUCCAAUCAAAUGCAUGUGAUGCUUGACAAGCUGUACAACUCACAAACUGACCCUAAAGUAGAAGUUCAGCCUUGUUUUGUUUUGGUCAAAUCAGCUCCACAUUUUUCUUUUUUGUAAGACUCACCAUUCUGGAAAAACAAUAUUACCAGGCAUAGUAGUGGAUACAAAAGAGCAAGAGAUGCAUGCAUAAUUUACUGAACCUCAUUAGCGAGGCGCUGUACAGAGAAUUUUAAUACAUUUUGUAAAUAAAAUGUACAGAAAAAGG